ACCGGAGUGUUCAGAGGUUAUAGGUGUUUCUGAGACAGGAAACAAGUGCAAAAAAUGUUCUUCACGUGGUCUGAGCUCGCAUGAGCUCAUUAUCUGAGCACUGAGAAGGAUUGAGUGAUUACUUGUUAUUGUUUGAUUGUAAUUAGGAUGAUUAGGGUGAUUAAUUAGGUGUAGGAUGAUGGAGAGGAUAGGUGUAGAUUUGACUUGUGCUGCAGCUGCUGCAGUGUUCAAAGGUCAAUGACCAGGAUAAGAGAUAAAAUCGAUUUUUUUAAAAACAUUUUUGUUGAGAAAAAAUGGCCAAAGAAAUGAGUGGAGUUCUGGUAGAUGUUGGUGAAGAGCUGAGAGGAAGCCACAGCAGCCUGAGGCCAACGGAACUGUAUGAAUAAUUGGCUUCCAGCAAGGAACGGGACCAUUAACUCAUCUUUGAGGAUAAACUGGAAUAAAAAACACACAUGCUGACACAUUUCACAGAAUCAGCGGAUCCCCCAGAGAAUAGACUUUAUGAAUUAAUUAACUUUUUUACAUCUGCAAACAUUUUAAUUAAGCAAGAUUGGCUGAAGCCACACCUAACACAGAGUCCUCCUGUGCCUGGAUCUCCAGGCUGCAUAAUUUGUGAUUGAAUUGUUGAUGGACAGUUCUUACAACAGCCACAUUUUUAAGAAACAGUGAAUCUUUUAAAGGAGAUAGAGGCACUGGAUUCCACAUAAAUAUUGCAGCUACGGGCGCACAGACAGAAUGUAAAAUAACAUAGGUCUCUCCUUUGCCAGCCCAAGGCAAGAUAUAUUGCAGGUAGAGGGAGGCUAAGAGAGGUUUUGUUGCAUGUUAUCCAGUGUUUGCUGCUAGGUGGAGCCCGAGUAUACGGGGAGAGAAGGCGAAUCCACAUCCGAGUUUUUCCUCUCACCUUUCACUGGCUCUCCAAGCCCCUCGGUCUCCACACUGAAUUGCUCCCAGCCAGUGCGCACGAUUGGUUUGUCAUUGUCGCGCACCGCUCAGUCAGUCUCCAACUCCCGACCUUCUCCCUGUGUUGGAGCUCUUCUCAAGACAUUUACCAGCGCGUUAAAUUCUUCUGGAUACUCUUUUUUUUUAAAAAAAAAUAUAUGAUUGCGUGCGUGCGCUUGCAGCUGCGCGGGACGUGAUGUAACCUCCCGCACAGAAGGACGCCUUGUGCCAUAAAGGGAUGUAAAGAGACAGCGCCGUGGAUACAAACACGAGGAACCUGCUUCUGCUGCCGUUUCCCCGCUGCGACGUCACGGGUGGCUUGGAUCGUGGACGCACAGCGCAUUGAACCCCAGUGUGUGUUCGAUUUUUUUUAAAUUCUCCCCCCUUCAACACGGAUAUUGAACGUAGCCACACAAGACCCAACAGUUUGGAUCCCCUUGUUUUCUCCACAUCGAUCGCUGUUUCUGCUCAAGUCCUCGCUAUCAGUGCGUCUAAGGACAGUGUCCAUCCACCGAGAGACAGUCCGGGAGAGAGACACCACACACACUUUGAAUGAAAUAAAGCUUCAUCUCUUUGGUCUCCGGUGAUCUCUUGACGAGCGGACAGACCAUGGUUUUAUUUUCUGGAGUGUGAUUGGACUGGAAUUCCGAGGAGGAAGAUUUCCACAGUUUUUUACGCCCAAGAUUUUGCCACCAGCUCUGAGCAGUGAACUUGUGGGUUUCCUGUGAAGAGUGGCCGCAGCAUCCAGUUUCCGGCGUUUGCCGUGGAAACACUGAGCACUGAACUCAACAGGAAGCUUCAGCAGGGGGCGGUAAGAGGAGGAGGCCAUGUGGACCGCACGCCUGCUUGUUCUCGCCUGCCUCUUUGCACCAGCCGCUAUGGCGUUCAGUCGAGCACCCAUCCCCAUGGCAGUGGUGAGGAGGGAGCUGUCGUGCGAGGGUUACCCCAUUGAACUGCGCUGCCCGGGCACUGAUGUCAUCAUGAUCGAGAGUGCCAACUACGGCCGCACUGAUGACAAGAUCUGUGAUGCAGACCCGGCACAGAUGGAGAACACGAGGUGUUACCUGCCCGAUGCAUACAAGAUCAUGUCACAACGAUGUAAUAACCGAACACAGUGUGCUGUCGUGGCUGGACCAGAUGUUUUUCCUGACCCUUGUCCCGGAACCUACAAAUACCUGGAGGUCCAAUAUGAAUGCGUACCAUACAAAGUGGAACAAAAAGGCUCCUCAGUUUUCCUGUGCCCAGGGCUUCUACGCAGGGUGUACCAGAGCGAGCACCUCUUCGAGUCGGACCAUCAGUCUGGAGCCUGGUGCAAAGACCCUCUUCAGGCCUCCGAUAAGAUCUACUACAUGCCGUGGACACCAUAUCGCACAGAUACUUUGACUGAGUAUUCGUCGAAAGAAGACUUCAUCGCAGGAAGGCCGACCACCACCUACAAACUCCCACAUCGUGUCGAUGGCACAGGGUUCGUGGUCUACGAUGGGGCGCUCUUUUUCAACAAGGAGCGCACACGCAACAUUGUCAAGUUUGACCUUCGUACUCGCAUUAAGAGCGGCGAGGCCAUCAUCGCCAACGCCAACUACCACGAUACAUCACCGUACCGUUGGGGAGGGAAAUCAGACAUCGACCUGGCUGUGGACGAGAACGGCCUGUGGGUCAUCUAUGCCACUGAGCAGAACAACGGGCGCAUCGUCAUCAGUCAGCUCAAUCCCUACACACUGCGUGUCGAAGGCACCUGGGACACGGCUUAUGAUAAACGAUCGGCGUCCAACGCCUUCAUGAUCUGUGGAAUCCUGUACGUGGUGAAGUCAGUGUACGAGGAUGAUGACAACGAAGCCACGGGGAAUAAGAUCGACUACAUCUACAACACAGAGCUGAGUAAAGAUGGCUUUCUUGACAUUCCCUUCCCCAACUCCUACCAGUACAUUGCUGCUGUGGAUUAUAAUCCCAGAGACAACCUGCUGUACGUGUGGAACAAUUACCAUGUGGUGAAGUACUCACUGGACUUUGGAGCACUGGACAACAGACUUGAAACUGCCUCCUCUGUGAUGGUAUACAUGGACACAACAACCAUAAUGGCAAAGACCACCUCUCGACCUACUAUAACUACCAUGACCACCUCCACAGUGGCCAGGACUACUACAAAAAUGCCUGCCACAACAGCUGCAGCGGCUCAGUGGCCAAGGCCGACAUCAACUUUAGUCGCCCCAGCCCAGACCAUAGUCCAGAGUUUGGUCCCGGAGGAUGAAGACAAAUCACCGCCUUCUUCCAGGCUUCCCAACAUUAGAGUGGAAUACUGCAAUCCUCUUGUGAUGAUGGACAUCUCCUGGUCAAAGACCAAACAGGGUGCAGUGGCCAAGAUGGCUUGUCCUCCUGGGACCAUAGGCACAGCCUUGUAUAUGUGCAUGGGUCCAGAGGGAUACUGGGACCCACAGGGACCUGACCUCAGCAACUGUACCUCCCCGUGGGUCAACCUCAUCAGCCAGAAGAUAAAAGUCGGGGAGACUGCAGCAGUCAUUGCCAGAGAGCUGGCGGAGCAAACUAAGAGUAAUCUUCAGGGUGGAGACAUCACCUACACUGUGAAGGCCAUGGUUCAGCUGGUGGAUCUCCUGGACGUGCAGCUGAGGAAUCUGACUCCAGGCGGCAAAGACAGCGCAGCUCGAAGCCUCAACAAGCUGCAGAAAAGGGAGCGCUCCUGCCGCUUUUAUGUUCAGGCUAUGGUGGAGACAGUGAACAAUUUGCUGCAACCGCAGGCCCAGGCAGCAUGGAGGGAGCUGAGCACAGGUGAUCAACUGAGAGCUGCCACCAUGCUGCUGGACACGGUGGAGCAGGGGGCCUUUGUCCUCGCCGACAACCUGCUGAAGACGGAUAUCGUUCAAGAGAACACAGAGAACAUCCAGCUGGAGGUAGCGCGGAUGAGCACGGAUGGGAAUUUGCCUGAUCUGAAGUUCCCUAAAACUCAAGGCCAGGGUAACUCAAUCCAUCUCUCCGCAAACACGCUGAGGCAACACGGACGCAACGGUGAAAUCCGCAUCGCCUUUGUUCUGUACAAACACAUCGGGGUCUAUCUCUCGACUGAGAACGCCAGCAUGAAGUUAGGCAGUGAAGCCAUGGCUACCAAUUACUCGGUCAUCGUCAACUCUCCUGUGAUCACAGCUGCAAUCAACAAGGACUCCAACAAAGUCUACCUCUCUGACCCAGUCAUUUUUACCAUCAGACACCUCCAGCAAUCGAAGGAGAAUUUCAACCCCAACUGUUCGUUCUGGAGCUACUCCAAGAAAACAAUGACCGGCUACUGGUCCACGCAGGACUGCCGUUUGCUGGGCACUAACAGGACUCACACCACCUGCUCCUGCACCCACCUCACCAAUUUUGCUGUUCUGAUGGCACACGUGGAUGUCAAGAAUCCGGACCCUGUGCACGACAUGCUGCUGGAUGUCAUUACGUGGGUUGGGAUCCUUCUGUCCCUGGUCUGCCUGCUCAUCAGCCUCUUCACAUUCUGCUUCUUCCGUGGCCUCCAGAGUGAUCGCAACACCAUUCACAAGAACCUGUGCAUCAGCCUGUUUAUCGCUGAGUCUCUGUUCCUCGUGGGCAUCAAUCGGGGCGACCAGCCGAUUGCUUGUGCCGUCUUCGCGGCCCUGCUCCAUUUCUUUUUCCUGGCGGCCUUCACGUGGAUGUUCCUGGAGGGCGUGCAGCUCUAUAUCAUGCUGGUAGAGGUCUUUGAGAGUGAACACUCACGCCGUCGCUACUUCUACUUGGUGGGCUACGGUGUUCCUGCGCUCAUCGUAGCUGUGUCGGCUGCAGUGGACUACCGUAGUUAUGGCACAGAGCGAAUUUGCUGGCUUCGCCUGGACACCUACUUCAUCUGGAGUUUCAUAGGACCAGCAACCUUGAUAAUUAUGCUCAAUGUCAUUUUCCUCGGUAUCGCUCUCUACAAGAUGUUCCAUCACACGGCCAUACUGAAGCCGGACUCUGGUUGCCUGGACAACAUCAAAUCGUGGGUGAUUGGAGCCAUUGCCCUGCUGUGUCUCCUCGGUCUCACCUGGGCCUUUGGUCUGAUGUACGUCAACGAGAGCACCGUGGUCAUGGCCUACCUGUUCACCAUCUUCAACUCACUGCAAGGCAUGUUCAUCUUCAUCUUCCACUGCGUCCUGCAGAAAAAGGUGCGUAAGGAGGUUGGUAAAUGCCUGCGGACUCACUGCUGCAGUGUGAAGAGUGUGGACAGCUCCAUUGGUUCCGGAAAAGGUCCAGCAGCUCGGGCUCCAGGACGUUACUCAGCAGGGUCACAGAGCCGCAUCCGUCGAAUGUGGAACGACACAGUCAGAAAACAGUCGGAGUCAUCUUUCAUGACGGGCGACAUCAACAGCUCUGCGUCACUUAAUAGAGGGGCUAUGGCUAACCAUCUUAUACCAAAUGCACUCCUACGUCCUCAUGGCACUAACAAUCCCUAUAAUGCAUUGCUUGGGGAAUCGGCAGUCUAUAACAACCCCCUGGGCAUGUACAACACACAAGAGCCCUACAGAGAGACAAAGGGAAUCCUGAACAAUGCCCGGGAUACAAGUGUCAUGGAUACUCUACCACUGAAUGGUAACCAUGGCAACAGCUACAACAUCGCCAGCGCUGAGUACUUAAGUGACUGCGUCCAGAUCAUUGACCGGGGCUACAACCACAAGGAGACCACCCUGGAGAAAAAGAUCCUGAAAGAGCUCACCUCUAAUUAUAUCCCCUCGUACCUCAACAAUUCCCACGAGCGCUCCACGGAGCACAACCGGAACCUCAUGAAUAAGCUGGUGAACAAUGUCAGCAAUGGUGGCAAGGACAGUGGGUACGGGAUGAGUUUGGGAAUGGGGCUGGGUAUGGGGAUGAACGUGGCUCUCAGUCUGGAUGAGCACUCAACAUUUGGUCCACACCAUGACGAAGGACUCGGCCUGGAGUUGAUUCGUGAGGAAUCGAACGCCCCGCUCUUGCCUCAAAGACCACCCCCUGUCCUGCAGGCAGUGGACAACCUUCACACUCACCUCCACCAGUCAGUGCCACCUCCCCUCCCACUGGCCCACCACCCUUUCACAUCUGCCACCAGCUGCUCUUCGUCCAGAAGGAGGAUUCCGCAGGAGAACAGCGAAAGUUUCUUCCCCUUACUUUCUAACGAUCACACCGAGGAAGAGAGCUCGUCACCCAACCACAACCACCAGAGAGACUCCCUGUACACCAGCAUGCCCAUGCUGCCCGGCCUGCCUGAUGUCUCAGCUGAUGGCCCCAAGGAUAACAGGGAUCCCAAGAGCCCCGAGGCCAGCUCAGAUGACGUUUACUACAAGAGCAUGCCCAACCUGGGCUCUCGUAACCACCUUCACCAGCUGCAGUCCUACUACCAACUAGGGCGGGGCAGCAGUGACGGCUUCAUCAUGCCCCCAAACAAAGAGGAUCUAUCUCCAGAAGAGGCCCAUCAGGAGCCUUCACACCUGGUCACCAGCCUAUAGGCCCCACAACUUCACUCAACUCCAGCCCCCAGAUAGUGUUUCUCCUAAUACUGUAGUCUCUCUACUCUGCCCCCUAGUGUCCUUUCGUUCAAUCAGUCGUUGGCAGUGGUAGCCUUUCUUUUUAUUCAGUGUUGCGAAAACUGAAGAGCAGGAUUUUAAACAAUAACUGCACUAUCGCUGUGACUGAACACAACCAGGAUUGUAAUUUGCAACAUUAGGGAGCAAAUCUCUGACUCUCUCUGGUUAAAAAUUGCGGGAACUUGUUGAUGUUGUGUUUUUCCCUCAUCCUCUUUUCCUCAAACCCUGUGUGGUUUGGUGUGUUUUGUCUCAGUGUGAAAAGAGACAUUUUCGUCACACAGGACUUUUAGGUCUAAGAGCUAGAGUUCGGUGGUCAAGAGGAACUGCACAGCCUUGAACCAUAAGAGUCUGAAACUAGAGAUUUCACCAUAAUAAAUGGGAAAUUUAAAAGAAAAAAAGGACUAUUUUAUUAUACUUCUGUAUCUAUAUUGACUUUUUGACAGAUUUUCUUCCUCUUUGGUGAGUUGCAGCACAUUUUGUUUGCUGAAGUGUCCCUUCAUUGAAAAAAAGAGUAAAAAAUAAUAAUUUUGAACAGUUACUAUGAAGGAGUUAUUGAUCGUAUGCUUUCAGGCAUAGCUGUUCCUUUGUUUUUCUUUCAUUUAACUGUAAUAAUGGU